UUAAAGUGGUAGGCCACAUUUUAUUUUGUCUUGGUCGAGUGGAUAUCAAUGGUACAAUCUUCAUAAAGUAUUUUGACAGUUAAUAUCCAACUCAUUUAAAAAGAAAAAAGAAAAAGAAAACAGUAAACUUGUUGACAUAAUCUAAGUGGUAAAUUUAGAUUCGUGCCUCAACAAAUCCAAGAGCAUUCCAAUAUAUAUGAUUGGACAAUUUAGUUAAGUGAACUACUAAAAAAUAAGUGAGACUCAAAAUAACCCAAAAGCAUGGGUUUAUCACAUCACUCAUCCAACCAUUCCAUUUUCACUUUCAUGAUUGAGAUUUUAUUCUUUACCCCUCCAAUAAAUGAUCACACACAGAACCGUACACUUUAUCAAAUAAAAAGAGCAGAGAGUAAUGCCUGGUUGUAACAUGUUACAAAAGUAAAAGUAAAAACAAGAAGAAAAUCCCAACAGAAGCAAAUGUAGAGCAGGUAGAGAUCAAGAAAGUGAGAUCCCGUCCCAAUGGUGUAUGUACAUCGUCUUGAGAGACAUGAGAGUGACGGGCAUAUAUUCAAACAUUAUGACAUUGCUUACAUCUACUUUAGUAAAAAAAUAUCAUUUUGAAUUUAGUUUUUAUGUGGCCUUUUUAAGUUUUUAAUUUAACUUCAAUCUAAUUUCUAACUUUCAAGAAUAUUACAAAUUUGAAAUUUGAAUUUUGUUUCAUUUAGGCCCAAAAGUUACACUUAUAAAAUCUCCCUUAAUAUUCUAUGGUUAGUCAAAGUUUAAAAUACAGAUGUCAAAACUAAGGACCAAUUUAAAACACAACUUAAAUCCAAAUAAAUAAAAAUUGUAACAUCUUGAAAUAUUAGGGUUAAAGUAUACAGUAUUGUAAUACAGAGUUCCCUGGGAAUUGUAAAAAUAAGAGGUAAACUAAAACGAAAAAAAAAAUUACCCAAUAAAGAUAAAUAUGAAAAGUACAUAGAUGAGAAAAAGAAAUUUCAUUAUAAAUGUAUUGAGUAGAAAAAGAUAACCUAACUCAAGAAGUUGCUGGACCAAAUAGGUCAUACAAGCUAAAUGUGUAGCAUUUGAAAUCUAAGGAACAAAUAAAAACUAAAUCAAAACUUGGGGACGAAAAAAAGGUAUUUCUUCCUAUUUAAAACAAUUAAUAAAUAAAUUUGAAUUUUAGAAAAAAAAAAUCAAGCAAACUAAGGAAAAUGAGUAUCAAAUCUCGGUUCUAUGGAAUAUGAGGCAUCGAAAGAAGCAUCUACCCCAUGACAAGAUUUGAUACUCAUUGACAAAGGUUGCAUUAUUGAGGAAGGGCCACAGAGGCAGAGUCCAAUCUUUGAGAGAUCCAAUAUUAAAAAGGUGAAUCUUUUUCUACAAAGAUGUAGGGACUAAGAGAAAAGGAGCAUUAAUAAUAACACAUAUAAAGCAUUAAAUGCUGUCCUAAAAUUAAAACUCCCUCACUCAUGGAAUUAAAGCUCUUAGAAGAAAAAACUACAUUUCCAAGCCUGUUUCAGUAUCAUUAUUAUCACGCCAUCAUCUCAUGAAAAUCGUCAAUUCGAAAUGGUAUUGUCAAUCGAAAGGUCAUUGUGAUAUAUUAUCAUUCAGAAGGCCAAAGCACAUCAACAUCAAUGCAGAUUGUGAAAAAAGGAUGUCAUUACGUAUAACUUAGUAGGACGACCAAGUUGCUUUCUAUCCACAAGGUAUUCGUGGAGGUUUCUUUAAAGCUUCUGCAACAACCCUGGCCUCCUCUCUAGUAGAGACAACUUAUACAACAAUUGUACUAUAUUUUAUUACUGCUUCAUUAAUUUAUAUGCCUCACAUACCCAUCUGUUCCUAACCAUUUUCCCUCCUACAUGGUAUUACUAUAAAAGAAAACCCUGCACUUACAGAAAGAAUGCAAAUAUUUCAUAGCAAAAUUCUAACCUGUCCUAAUUAAUGCUCUCCCAAUCAAACUUCUUAAAGUCGAGAGUGCGAGAGUAAGAUAUUGUAAGGCAUGCAAAAUACAGAAAUAAACAUGUCUCCUAUAGGGGCUAUGGAAAUUAUGAUUUUCUUGAAAAUUUAAUAUUGAGAGAGAAGGUGAGAGUAAGGAAAUUUGUUGUACCUGUGGCUCCUCGUGGUGAUCACAUGUUCGGGGACCCGCAUGAUACCUUACCUAUAAUGAUCAAAUACCUUUAAGACUUUGGACCAUUUUGCAUACAUCAACAUCCCCAAGGAAUUCUAGAUGGUUCAUUUCAACUGACCACUGUGCCUUUUAACUUGCUUCAGUUCAUUUCACUUCGUCAAUUGACUUUUCUCAAAGAAAAUAAAAUAAUAGAAUCAAUACAAUUCAAAACAACUUACAUUGCUUUUAAUAGGAGUCACCCAACAAUCUUUAUUAUACAUAGCUCCUCUCCUUUUAAUACAUGUUUAUACACAUUGUUUUCAGAAACAGCAAGUCUGCACUUUGAAUUAUUUACCCAAUUUGCUAUUUAUUUUUGCAUCACGAGUGAUAAUAUGAUCCAUAAGUUGUACGGAAAUAAUAUACAUGAAAUAUCCUAAUGUAUCAGAGAACAAAAAAUCAUAUGAAAACCAAACAUGAUUUUCAAAACUUUUUUUUUUUUGUUCUCUUGUAACCAGGAGUCGGAAGCUUUACUCCUCGACCCAAGGCCUAAACCCAGGAUUCACAUAAAGGUUUGAACUUGGAACUUCUCAGUCAGUUUUUGUUAUGCUGUAUUUAAAUCGAGUGUGAAAGGUUAUUUAACUUGAACACUACCGUGGCAUGAAAUCACUAUUCAAAGAUUUAGAAGGAUGAAUGAAUUUACCUAUUUAGGGAAAGAAAUAAGUCACUCUAAACGUAUUGUUCUUAGGAGGGGGAAAAAAAAAUAAUGACGUCAGCAGCUUCUCUCAACCAAAUGCCGCCUUUACCUUAGGACCCAAAGUGAGCUAAUAAAGAGGCCUAUUAAAGACGAGACAAUAAGUAAAUAAUGUCUGUGCCCAAGUCGACACUGUUCAUUGGCCAAACAAGCUCUUUAAAUUCUCUUCUUCAACUUCCAAUUACCUUAAUCCCUUCUACACCACUUCUUUUCUCUUUGCCUCAUAAAGAAAAACAAAGAGAAGCUUAAUUUUAGAAACAUGGGGUCACCAUUUUCCAACUUCCUCAACCAUAAAAAUUUCUUACUCUUCAAAAUUUCCAUGAUCCUAUUCAUGAACUGUGCAAUUUAUAGACCUAACCUUUGUUUCACCAAGUGUUUAGGGGAGCCAACUGAUGACCCUGUUAUACAGUCUUCUUCCAAAAUGCUUUCAUCCUUGGAAACAAUAAACCUAGAUGGAUACUUUAGCUUUAAAAACAAUCAAGAAGCAGCUAAAGAUUUUGGCAAUAGAUAUAACAUGCUACCAUUAGCAGUUUUACAUCCACAUUCCAUUCGUGACAUUUCAAUUACAUUAAAGCAUAUUUUUGAAAUGGGUUCAGGAACAGAACUUACAAUUGCUGCAAGGGGUCACGGCCAUUCUCUUCAAGGUCAGGCACAAGCCUUGCAAGGCAUAGUUAUCAACAUGGAGUCCCUUAAGGAACCAGCCAUGCAGGUUCAUAGUGGGAAUCUUUCGUGGGUGGAUGUCCACGGAGGGGAGCUGUGGAUAAAUAUCUUGCAUGAAACACUUAAAUAUGGCUUAACACCAAAAUCUUGGACCGACUACCUUCAUCUUUCUGUGGGCGGUACUCUAUCAAAUGCUGGUAUUAGUGGGCAAGCUUUUAGACAUGGACCUCAAAUCAGUAACGUUCACCAGUUAGAAGUUGUCACAGGAAAGGGAGAAGUAGUUACCUGUUCAGAGCAGGAGAAUUCAGACUUGUUUUACAGUGUACUUGGAGGCCUUGGUCAGUUCGGCAUCAUCACAAGGGCGAGGAUAUCUCUAGAAUCAGCACCAGAAAUGGUAAAGUGGAUAAGAACCUUGUAUUCAGACUUCGCCAUAUUCUCCAAGGACCAGGAGCAUCUGAUAUCCUCCAAGUACUCCUUUGAUUAUAUCGAAGGUUUUGUUCUAAUAAAUAGAACUGGUAUUCUCAACAACUGGAGAUCUUCCUUUGAUCCCAAAGAUCCAGUUCAAGCGAGCCAAUUCAUCACAGAUAGGACAACUCUGUAUUGUCUAGAAAUGGCCAUGUACUUCAACUUUGAAGAUAAAGAAACUUUGAACAAGAGAGUGGAGAAGUUGCUGUCGCAAUUGAGCUACAUUCCAGCCACUCUCUUUCUGUCGGAAGUUCCUUACGAGGAGUUUCUGGACAGAGUGCACAUAUCUGAGAAAAAACUCAGGGCAAAAGGAUUAUGGGAGGUUCCUCAUCCUUGGCUGAAUCUAAUGAUCCCAAGAAGCAACAUACGUGAUUUUGCAGCAGAGGUGUUUGGAAAAAUUCUUUCAGAUUCUACCAGUGGUCCCAUACUAAUCUACCCAGUCAACAAAUCCAAGUAGUUGCUUCAUUAGAUUUGUCACAGAAACUCUGAACUUUAUUAAUUCCCCAUUCUAAUACAAAUCAGUUUGGGUUAUACAGGUGGAACAAUAAAACAUCAUUGGUCACACCAGACGAAGAAAUUUUCUACCUAGUGGGUUUCUUAUUUUCUGCAUUGCCAACUUCAACCGGAAAAGAGAGCUUAGAAUACAUUUUAGCCCAAAACCAAAUAAUUUUGGACUACUGUGCCAGGGCCCUUCCAGGAUGUAAGCAAUAUCUGCCUCAUUAUCGCUCCCAAGACGAGUGGCAAGCUCAUUUUGGCUCCAAAUGGCGGGUACUGAAGGAGAGGAAAUCUGCCUAUGAUCCAUUAUCAAUCCUUGCACCAGGACAAAGAGUCUUCCAGAAAGUCACUCCUGUACAACAUCUUAUAUCCAAAACAAAACACAAAAAGAGCAUCCUAGAGGAAGAGAAUGCGAAAAUGAUCUGAUAAAGGCGAAAUAAAUUAAGUGUAUUCAAGCAUAAUAAUAACAUUAAUCAGAAAGGAAUUGGCCGUAUUGAGUUCUAUCUGUGAGAGGUUUACGAUUUAAAAUCACAAUCAAAUGUCGAAUGCACCAAAGGGUUAUGAGCUUAACUUUUCUUCCAAAGGACAUAUAAAGCAUAAUUUUGAAAGAUUCACUCUCACGAUUGGAUCCCAAUGGAUCAUGAUCUAUAUUUAUUCAAAACACAAUCCUGUACAGACCUAGUAAACAAACCAUACUUACAAAUGACUGAAGUUGAACAAAAACAAAAUGCUCAAAGCAGAACUACUCAGUUUUUGUAGCUUCUUUCCACCCAAGACCUGGUCUAGAAAUUUCCCCCUGUGGCCCUUCAUAGUCUCGAGCAUUGAGAAUCGUAGCCUCAAAGUCAGUAGAAUCGCUUGCAACAGGAAGAAAACUACCAAUUUCAUCCCUCGCACCAAACCCUCCAGCCCGUAAAACAUCAUCAGCCGACAUGGAAGCCUCCAUAUU